CAACUUUCCAUUACUGUGUCUUCAAUGAUAGAAUCACAAGUCGGCGGGAGUGGAUCUAUUGAGGAUGACGUGUCUUCAGAUGAUGAAUUGGUUCCAACACUUUCGCCACCACAGAAUCCGUUCACCGAUGCUGCUGAUAUUGGAGUGUCAUCUUUCAAGGAAGCUUGCUCGACUCAUCAUGAGGAUGAGGGUGCUAAAGAAGAUGACAAUAUAGUAGAGAAGGGCAAAGAUGAAGUUAUGCCAGGAUUGCCUUUACUUGGUAAAAGGGAACGAGUCGUUGAUGUUCCGGCUACAGAGGCGCAUAAGAGAGCUCGUUUGGAGACUGAUUCAAAGUCAACUGGUUUUCCGAUAGAGUCGAAUUUAGAUGAUGAUCCGGCAGACGCUCUAUCACCUUACGGUGAUGAAGUGGAUUACGAGCCUACCCCUUCACCACCUGAAGCUCUUGAUAUGGGCGUACCCCUUGACGAGGACGUCGACAUUUAUGUGGGUAGUGAUACAGGAGGUUCUCAAAGUGAGGUACCUAUUGGGGUCAGAUCAUUUUUGAUUGACCGCAUAAAGGAUAUUAUGAAGACAUUCAACCGUCGAAAGUUUAGAUCGGCUCGGGAGGAAGUAUCCAAAUAUUGUCAAUGUUUAUCUUCGCUUGGGAUUGAUGUAUUUGAAUUGGAGAAGCGUAUAGAACCCGUAUUUGAUCAUGCAGAGGCUAUUGAAGAGCUAGAAUCGAGUCCGAGUUUCGUUUCAGCUAUUCGACUCGUGAAUGCUGAUGAGAAUCUGGCGCUAAGGAAAAAGAGACUUGCUUCUCACAUCAGUACAAAAAGUUCUCUUCUUCAAGCUACUGAAAGCGUUUCCUUAGAGCUUCGGCAGACUAGAGAGAAAAUAAGAGAGCUUGAGGAGAAUAUAUUGCAGUUGAAGAGUACAGAAGCGGAAUUGACACUUAGACUUGAAGUGGCUGAUGACUCUUUAAAGAAACUAACACCGACUGAAGAAGAACUGCAGAAGGAUGUCGCUGAUGCAGAAAAGGAGUAUGCUGCAGCCACUGAAGAUUGUAAUGAUUCUAAAGAAUCCGCUGGUCUUCGAGGAUUAAUAGAGCUGUUUGAGGAGCGUCGUCAAAUAUUUGAGAUUUGACUUUUCCUUUCUUCUUCUUUUUUUUUUAUUAUAUUUUUUUUUAUGCUUGUCUCUAAUAAGAAACAAUAUUCUGUAGACUCGACAAUUUGACAUUUUGAAUGCUUUGGAUUAUGCUUUGAUCUCUUCUA